CCUCCCCUUCUGGCUCCCACCCAAGUUCUUCUUCCUAGGGCUGAAGUUCUCAACUACUGCCAGUGCCUCUCUGUGUGCUUUGCGUCGGCCUGGCCUUCCCUGCUGCACACUCCCCUGGUCCCAGAGGAAUCAGACGAUGUCCACAGACAUGGAGACUGCAGAUGUUGGCAAGGUGGACCCUAAGGCCCCACAACCUACCCACGUUGACGUGCACAUCCACCAAGAGUCUGCUCUGGCUAAACUCCUGCUGGCUGGAUGCUCAGUGCUAAGGGUUCGAGCAUCUGCUUCCACCCAGAGCCAGGGCAGCAGCAGAGUGCUGGUGGCCUCCUGGGUGGUGCAGAUUGUGAUGGGGGUUCUGAGCGUGAUUCUGGGUGGAACCCUCUACAUCUGCCAAUACUUAGCCAUGUACACCGCAGGUGCCCCCUUCUGGACUGGGAUCGUGGCUAUGCUGGCUGGAGCUGCUGCCUUCUUUCACAAGAAACGGGGUGGUACCUGCUGGGCCAUGAUGAGGAUCCUUCUUGUGCUGGCAAGUUUCUGCAUGGCUGUGGCCGCCAUUGUUUUGGGGUCUCGUGAGUUCAAAGUAUACCGGUACUUUCUCGGAGACGAUGUCUGUCAAAGGGACUCUUCAUAUCGCUGGCCCACCAAGCCUAGCACCACUCCAGUUCCUGAAGAAGCUGAUAGGAUAGCCUUGUGCAUAUUCUACACAAGCAUGCUAAAGACCCUGAUCAUGAGUCUCCAGGCGAUGCUCUUGGGGGUCUGGGUGCUGCUGCUCCUGGCUUCUCUCGCCCCUGUAUGUGUCUACCUCUGGAAAAGAUUCUUCACAAAGGCGGAAACAGAGGAGAAGAAACUGCUGGGUGCAGCUGUGAUCUAGCCCUUUCCUCUUGCUCUGGGCAUCCCUCCUUCUGAAGCCUGAAAGAAGAGCAAGGAGGACUCUUCUGAAGACCCUACCCCACUACCAGGGCCAUGGCUACUGCCUGGCUUUGCCCAGCACCACAGCAGCUCAUAGUAGCACUUGCUUGUCUCUCCUCUACCUUCACCAUCCUGCAUCCCUUCUCAGGCAACGACUUGAUAAUAAAGUCUUGUGUUAUUGGUAACAGA